AUGCUUCAGGAGCUGCGCCUGUUUUUCACGAGUUUCACAGGUGAACUACCAAACUCUAUUGGUAAUCUUAGACAACUCUCCACCUUAGAUCUCCACAAUUCCGAGUUCAACGGGUCGAUUCCUAACUCCAUUUCACAGCUUAACCAACUUCAAUAUGUAGACCUUUCAUUGAACGGCUUCACUGGUUUACUUGGAGAGAAUUUCAUUGGCUCUUUAUCUCCUUUGGAGUUUCUUGAUUUGAGUUACAAUCAAUUGCAAGGUCGUGUUCCAGUGUCAAUUUUCGAAUUCUCUAGACUGUAUCAUCUCGGGCUUCUAUCAAACAGCUUCAGCGGUGCAAUAAGUCUUGAUAUGCUUCUUCAUAAGUUGAGAAAUCUUAGCAACCUCUACCUCUCAGACAACAGGUUUUCGAUCACUACUGAGAGUACUAAUUUUGCGUUAUAUCCUCAACUUCGGUGGUUGGCAUUGAGUUCCUGUAACCUGACAGCAAUCCCUAGUUUCUUGAGAAACCAAUCUGAACUGGAAGCCGUAGAACUUGCACGCAAUCAAAUCCAUGGGAAAAUACCCAACUGGAUUCCGGAGAUAGGGAAUGGCAAACUCAACACCCUAAAUCUUUCUUACAAUUUCUUAGAGGAUCCUGACCAAUCUUUACCAGACAAUAGUUUUAAUUCGUUAUCAUUUGUCCUCGAUCUUCGCUCUAACUACCUUAAAGGAAGAAACUUAAUCGUACCACCAUUGGCUUUCGUCUUGGACUACUCAUUGAACAACUUCACCACCAUUCCAGAUAUUUCCUCCCAACUUGGUAAAGUUUUUUCGUUCUCUCUAUCCGGAAAUCGAAUUAAUGGAGAAAUCCCUACGUGGAUAUGUGAAGUUCAUUUCCUUACAGUUCUUGAUUUAUCAAAUAACAACUUGAGUGGACCAAUACCCCCAUGUAUGGUAUCUGAUCUCAACAGUUUACAAAUUUUAAAUCUUGGAGGAAACAUCCUUGAAGGAAUUAUACCUGACUUUCCAACAGAUUCUUGUAAUCUGGAAGUACUUGAGCUCGACGGAAACAAGUUAGAAGGGGAGCUACCAUAUCUUGCCAACUGUACAAACCUAGAGGUUCUAAACAUUGGAAACAAUCAAUUACACGGUACUCUUCCUUCUUGGUUGGGUUCCAUGUCCAACUUGCGGGUUCUUGUGUUGCGCUCCAACCAGUUUUAUGGUGCGUGGGGGAAUCAAGAAGCCGAGUGCAACUUCCCAGUACUACAAAUCAUUGAUAUCUCCUCAAAUAACUUUUCAGGUAGGCUACCCAAGCAAUGUUUUUCAAAUUGGAAAGCCAUGAUGGUAAACCAAGCAGAAGAAGGAUGGAAGCGCAAAGAUCCGAUAUUAGGACAUAAAAGUGAUUUUUUCAGAUAUUAUUACCAACAAAGAGUGGAAAUUACAAGCAAAGGACAAGUCAUGGAACUAGGUAAAAUCCGAAGAAUUUUUAAAACCAUAGACUUCUCAAAUAAUGAAUUUGAUGGAGAGAUACCGGAAAUCAUUGGAAACCUCACAUUUCUUUACACUCUCGAUUUCUCAAGAAACGCACUCACAGGCCCAAUCCCAACGGCUUUCGGGAAUCUUACACAUCUUGAGUCAUUAGACCUCUCGCAUAACAAGUUAACUGGAGAGAUUCCUUCUGAGCUGGCAAGAUUGUCAUUCCUUUCGUAUUUAAAUCUAUCUUUCAACAAACUAGAGGGGAAGAUCCCAUCGGGCAAUCAGUUUGAAAAUUUCGAACCAAGUUCCUUCAAAGGCAAUAUUGGGUUGUGUGGUUAUCCCCUGUCCAGAUGCAACAGUACUAAUGCUGAAUCACCAUCAAAUGCGUCGAAUUCUAAGGGUGGGGUUAUUUCUGUGAAUGAGUUUGAUUGGGUUCUAUUCUUGAUGACAUUUUUGGGAUUUGUUGUGGGUGCAAGCAUGGUAAUUGGGCCUCAAUAUUUUUGGAAGAAAGGGAGAGAGUGGGAUAAUGAACGCAUCAACAGAAUCCUCAACAUCACCUGA